AUGCGUUCCAACACCUUCUCUGCCCUUUUGGCCGCCGCGGCCAUGGUGCCAUCUGUCUUUGCGCACUACAACUUCGAGUCUCUCAUUGUCAAUGGAGAGGAGACUGAGGCGUACCAGUAUGUGCGGCAGACCACCAACGCCAACAGUCCCAUCACCGAUGUGACCUCCAACGACAUCAUUUGCAACGCUGGCGGCCUUGAUGCCACCAUCAUGGCCAAGACUGAGACCUACACCGUUGCUGCCGGUGAUGAGGUUGGCUUCAAGAUCAACUCUGGCCUUGGCCACCCCGGCCCCCUGGCCGUUUACAUGAGCAAGGCUUCCGGCACUGCCCAGGAAUACAAGGGUGACGGAGACUGGUUCAAGGUUUAUGAACUUACCUACUCUGCACUCGCCGCUGAUGGCAUUCAGUGGGCCAGCUUCGUCAACGGCGGCAUCUCCAACUUCACCUUCACUCUGCCAACCGACCUGCCCGCUGGUGAGUAUCUCAUGCGCGGAGAGCACAUCGGUCUCCAUGGCGCCGGUGAUUUUGGAGGCGCUCAGUUCUACAUCGGGUGUGCCCAGCUCAAGGUCACUGGCAGCGGUGCGGGCUCCCCCUCCCCCAGCGUCAAGUUCCCCGGCGCCUACGACGGAAACGAGCCUGGUAUCAAGAUCGGAAUCUACUGGCCUGUGCCCACCAGCUACACUGCCCCUGGCCCCGUCACAUGGCCCAACUCUUGUGAGGACCACACGGCAAACUACGUUGGCCAGACCAGCGAUGGCGACUGCACUGGCGGAGAGUCAUCUGGCGGAGGCGACAGCAGCGCUUCCUCUGCCCCGGUCUCGUCCCCUACAUCCACUGUUGCUUCGCAGCCCGCCGUGACAAGCAUUGCCUCGACAACUCCCGUGGCCAGUGCGACGACCACUCCCGUGUCUGCGGUCGAUGCCACCUCGUCCGCUGCUGCCGUGGUGACGCUUUCAACCACCACCUCUGCAGCCAAGCCCACUUCUACUGCUCCUUCUUGCCUCAAGCGCCGCAAGGCCCGCAGAUCGUUCAAGCACUAA